CAACACUUUGAAUUUCAUUCUAAUUGCUUCCCUUGGUCUCCCAGCUCAAGAUGGUUUCUCUCCGCAGUGGACAGGCUCUUAAGGAGAGCAAUAGCAACCCAAAAGCGGAGAGAUCCCAAACAUCCAAGUCACUGCAAAAACCGAACGUCAGCAAGAAGAGAAAGGCAGAAAAUGAGGCGCAAGAAGAUUAUAACGAGGAGAAUUUACAUCGGCCAUCAACGCCACCUGCUGCGUCGAAGGUUUGGUCGCCGCAACCUGGCGAAUCUGAAUUGGCACAUUUGCCCUCCUAUGAGAGGACACCAGGACGCGUAGGUCCCAUCAAAACAGUGAAUUUCGACGUCAAACCGGAUAUCAAACCAUUCAAAGGACCGCCAGGGAAGAAAGUCCGAAAGACAGCGUGGGAGAAGGACCAAGAGUAUAAGCAGUUCGUGCGCGAGAACGAGGAUCAUGUUUUCCACGGGCUCUACGUCUAUUUCGACAAAGGACCUAAAGGCUCACCUACAGGUAUGGACCGUGCAGUUGGAAAGGCGCAAGAGGAUGCGAAGAAGAUGGCUGCCAUAUUCUUUGAGCCCGGAGAAGCGCCGGAGAGCCCUGAGUAUUGUGAUGGGAAGAACUACUGGAAGGAUAGGGUGUCGAAAGAUCUGAAUGUGCCGUGGCAUAAGAUUCAGGUCGAACACUUUCAAGAGUGGGAGAAAAGGGGGUUUAAGAAGGCGAGGAAAGGGGAGUAUGAGAAUCCCUCAGUUGAGGAGAGAAAAAGGAUGCUGAGGUUGAUGAGCGGAGCUUCUUUGAGGAAGUAACGGCUUUCGUGCGGAUGCUUUGUAUUAUAAUCAUUUGAGGAAGCAAGCGAUAUGAGACCAGCCACUCU